AUGGGACGUUUAGUUGGCUUAGAGCUAAGUAAUUUUAAGUCCUAUAGAGGAAUCACCAAGGUUGGAUUUGGCGAGUCGAAUUUCACAAGUAUUAUCGGUCCUAACGGUUCUGGUAAAUCAAACAUGAUGGAUGCCAUCUCUUUUGUGCUUGGUGUGCGAAGUAAUCACUUAAGAUCUAAUAUAUUGAAGGAUUUAAUCUAUAGAGGGGUCUUAAACGAUGAUAAUGAUGACAAUUAUAAUGAUACUUCUGACGAUGAUGUGGCGUCCUCCAACCCAAAGUCCGCAUACGUGAAGGCCUUUUAUCAAAAGGGUAACAAAAUGGUAGAGCUAAUGAGGAUUAUUUCCAGGAAUGGUGACACUAGUUAUAAAAUUGAUGAAAAAACCGUUUCCUAUAAGGAUUAUUCCAUAUUUCUUGAGAACGAGAAUAUUCUUAUCAAAGCCAAAAAUUUCUUGGUAUUCCAAGGUGAUGUUGAGCAAAUUGCGGCACAGUCACCCAUAGAAUUAUCAAGAAUGUUUGAAGAAGUGUCAGGUUCUAUCCAAUAUAAGAAGGAGUAUGAUGAGUUAAAGGAAAAGAUUGAAAAAUUAAGCAAGUCCGCAACCGAAUCUAUCAAAAAUAGGAGAAGGAUCCAUGGUGAAUUGAAAACAUACAAGGAAGGCAUUAACAAAAACGAGGAAUAUAGGAAACAAGUUGAAAAAAAGAGUGAGCUGCAGAAAUUCCAGGCUCUAUGGCAGCUAUAUCACUUAGAACAGCAAAAGGAAGAGCUAACAGAUAAGCUGUCAGCAUCUAACUCUGAAAUAUCGUCUUUGAAAGAAAAAAUAAAUCACGAAAUGAAAUCACUACAACGCUCCAAAUCUUCUUUUGUUAAGGAAAGCGCCGUAAUUUCUAAGCAGAAAAGUAAACUAAACUAUAUUAUCAAGGAUAAAGAAAAACUGGUUUCGGAUUUACGACUAAUAAAAGUGCCUCAACAGGCGGCAGGGAAACGUGUUUUACAUAUUGAAAAAAGGAUCGAAAGUUUACAGAGAGACCUUCAAAGACAGAAGGCUUACGUAGAGAGAUUUGAAACACAACUGAAAGUAGUAACCAAAUCCAAGAAAACCUUUGAAGAGGAAAUCAAAGAAUCUGCUAGAAAUUAUGAUAAAUUCAAGCUGAAUGAAAAUGAUCUAGAGACAUAUAAUUGCUUACAUGAAAAAUAUCUUACGGAAAAUGGGUCGAUUCUAGAAGAAAAGAUUGCCCUUUACAAUAACGAUAAACAAGAAAUCCAGGAAGAGUUAGACAGAUUCAAUAAAAGAGCCGAUAUUUCUAAAAGAAGGAUAACAGAAGAACUUUCCGUAACAGGAGAAAAGUUAGACACGCAACUGAACGAUUUGAGAGCUUCUUUAAAUGAAAAAAACGCCGUUCAUACUGAACGUUUGCAUGAACUUAAGAAACUACAAUCUGAUAUUGAAUCUGCUAACAAUCAAGAAUAUGACUUGAAUUUCAAGUUGAGAGAAACACUGGUUAAGAUAGAUGACUUGAGUGCUAAUCAAAGAGAAACUAUGAAAGAAAGAAAACUAAGAGAAAACAUAGCAAUGUUGAAAAGGUUCUUUCCCGGUGUAAAAGGCCUUGUUCAUGAUCUUUGUCACCCAAAAAAAGAAAAGUAUGGCCUAGCAGUGUCUACAAUUUUGGGUAAGAACUUUGAUUCUGUCAUUGUAGAGAAUUUAACUGUAGCUCAAGAAUGUAUUGCAUUUUUGAAGAAGCAACGUGCAGGCACUGCCUCUUUCAUACCGCUUGACACAAUCGAGACAGAAUUGCCUACGUUAUCAUUACCUGAUUCACAAGAAUACAUUUUAUCAAUUAAUGCCAUUGAUUAUGAGCCAGAAUAUGAAAAGGCGAUGCAAUAUGUGUGCGGCGACUCCAUCAUUUGUAAUUCAUUAAAGAUUGCCAAAGGUUUGAAAUGGAAUAAGGGUGUGAGGGCCAAAUUGGUUACAAUCGAAGGCGCUUUGAUUCACAAAGCUGGGUUGAUGACAGGUGGUAUAUCGGGUGAUGCCAAUAAUAGGUGGGACAAAGAAGAAUAUCAAAGUUUAAUGUCUUUGAAAGACAAACUGCUGGUUCAAAUCGAUGAGCUUUCUAAUAGUCAACGUUCUAAUUCUAUCAGAGCAAGGGAAGUAGAGAAUAGUGUUUCACUAUUAAAUUCCGAUAUAGCAAGUUUAAGAACCCAAGUAACGCAACAGAAACGCUCCUUGGAUGAAAAUAAUUUGGAGAUAAAGUACCAUAAUGAUUUGCUAGAAAAGGAAAUCCAACCAAAAAUAACUGAAUUGGAGAAAAAACUAGAUGAUUUGGAAAAUACAAAGAAUGGGCUAGAAAAGGAGAAGGAAAUAUUACAGAAUGAUAUCUUCAAGGAAUUUACAAGUAAAAUUGGCUUUUCUAUCAAAGAAUAUGAAAAUCAUUCUGGUGAAUUAAUGAGACAACAAUCUAAAGAAUUACAACAGCUACAAAAACAAAUUUUGACCGUUGAGAAUAAGUUGCAAUUUGAAACAGACAGGUUAAACACUACUCAAAGAAGAUAUGAAAAGGCACGGAAAGAUCUAGAGAAAGCUCAAGUCGAGAUGAGUUCUUUGGAAGAACAGGAACAUGCAAUAGAAAUGAAAAUAGAAUCAAUAGGGUCCAAAUUGGAAGAAAAUAAAAACCAUUUAGUUGAGUUGGAGAAGAAACUUGUAACAAAACAGAGUGAUUUAAAUUCCAGUGAAGAUAUUUUGGAAGACAUGAAUAGCAACUUGCAAGUUUUGAAAAGGGAAAGAGACGGCAUAAAAGAAGAUGUUGAAAAGAAUGACUUGGAAAAAGUAACAGCAUUGAAAAAUUGUAAGAUCUCAAACAUAAAUUUACCUAUACUAUCGCAAACAACAUUAGACGAUUUCCCUAUAUCUUCCAGAGAUUCUGACGCGAUUACAAUUUCCAACAGUAUUGUUGUAGACUACAAAGGACUCCCAAAAAAAUACAAAGAAAACAAUAGUGAUUCAGCAAAGAGAGAGCUCGAGCAAAAAAUCCGUGAAAUAGAAGAAAUAUUGAAUGAGUUGCAACCAAAUGCAAGAGCUGUAGAGAGAUAUGAUGAAGCAGAAGGAAGAUUUGAAGUGAUAAAUAACGAAACAGAACAGUUGAAGACCGAAGAAAAAAAAAUCCUAAACCAAUUUCUCAAAAUCAAGAGAAAAAGGAAAGAAUUGUUCGAAAAGACAUUUGAUUACGUGAGCGAUCAUCUGGACGCAAUCUAUAGAGAACUGACUAAAAACCCCAAUUCUAAUGUAGAAUUGGCUGGCGGUAAUGCGUCUCUGACCAUAGAGGACGAAGAUGAGCCGUUCAAUGCAGGAAUCAAAUAUCAUGCCACCCCACCUCUGAAAAGAUUCAAGGAUAUGGAAUAUCUUUCGGGUGGUGAAAAAACUGUGGCUGCCUUGGCUUUACUAUUUGCUAUUAAUUCAUACCAGCCUAGUCCCUUCUUUGUGCUGGAUGAAGUAGAUGCCGCAUUAGACAUUACUAAUGUCCAGAGAAUCGCUGCCUACAUAAGAAGACACCGUAAUCCCGACCUCCAGUUCAUUGUCAUUUCAUUGAAGAACACCAUGUUUGAAAAAUCUGAUGCUCUCGUAGGUGUUUACAGGCAGCAACAAGAAAAUUCCUCUAAAAUCAUAACUUUGGACUUGAGCAAUUAUGCAGAAUGA